ACACAUUAUGUAUAUAUAUAUAGAUACAUGUAGACAUAGAUAAGUAGAAGUCUCGCUCCCAGUUUACGGUCUGAUUCAAGAAUUCGACAAAAGUGAACUGCCGUCAGUUUGUUGUUUCACCUAGUAAGAGGAACGUCCGUAUUGUGUCAAACACUGCAAACUUCGCUUGUCAUUUGAUUACAAGCGCUCAAAACAGAACAGGUCAUAUAGAUUUGAAAUAAAAUUUUGCCAGAUUUGCAUUUUAUAAUCAGUACCACCUACGCCAAUCUACAGAUGACCGAAGAAAUAAUUCACCAUGGCAACCAGAGACAAGGCUGCAGAACAACUGAAUGAGUUUAAAUCGUCACAGAAGACCCCGGAACAAUGCACCACGGGAACAGGUGCCCCCAUUGGUCUGAAGACGGCCACCAUGACAGUGGGUCCACAGGGACCUGUCCUUAUCCAGGACUUUGUAUUUAAUGACGAGAUGGCGCACUUCGACAGAGAGAGAAUUCCCGAGAGGGUCGUACACGCCAAGGGCGCAGGUGCUUUCGGUUACUUUGAAUGUACCAAUGACAUUUCCAAGUACACAAAGGCUAAACCAUUUGAAUCAGUCGGCAAAAGGACACCGGUGGGAGUCCGCUUCUCUACAGUGGGUGGCGAGAGUGGAUCCGCCGACACAGCCCGAGAUCCGCGGGGGUUCGCGGUGAAAUUUUACACAGAGGACGGAAACUGGGACCUGGUGGGAAACAACACGCCCAUCUUCUUCAUCAGGGACCCCAUCCUUUUUCCCAGUUUUAUUCAUACACAAAAGAGAAACCCUCGCACUCACCUGAAGGACCCCGACAUGUUCUGGGACUUCAUCACCCUGAGACCAGAAACCACUCACCAGGUGUCCUUCCUGUUCUCCGACAGGGGCACACCGGACGGUUACAGGAGGAUGAACGGAUACGGAAGUCACACGUUUAAACUGGUCAACAAGGACAAUCAACCAGUUUACUGCAAAUUCCACUUUAAGACGGACCAGGGCAUCAAGAAUUUGAUGGCUGACGAAGCCCAUCGUCUAUCUGCUGAAGAUCCGGAUUACGCGAUCCGGGACCUUUAUGAUCACAUUGAGGAAGGAAAAUUCCCCUCUUGGACCGUCAAGAUACAGGUCAUGACCUUUGAGCAAGCAGAGAAAUAUAAAUGGAAUCCGUUUGAUGUCACAAAGGUGUGGUCCCAGAAGGACUUUCCGCUGAUUGAGGUCGGGAAAAUGGUCCUGAAUAAGAACCCCGGGAACUACUUCGCUGACGUGGAGCAGAUAGCCUUCUCCCCCGCUCACUUCAUCCCGGGGAUAGAUGCCAGUCCAGACAAAAUGUUACAGGGACGUUUGUUCUCUUAUUCGGACACACAUCGUCACCGCCUGGGGGCCAACUACCUACAGAUUCCCGUCAACUGCCCCUACAAAGCCAAAACUUUCCACUACCAGAGAGACGGGCCGCAGUGCGUCACGGACAACCAAGGCGGGGCCCCGAACUACUUCCCUAACAGUUUCUCCGGGCCUAAGGAUGACCCCGCGGGCUGUGAAAUGUGCCCCUUCACGAUCUCCGGGGAGUGUAAGCGUUACAACUCGGCGGACGAGGAUAACUUCUCACAGGUCAACAUUUUCUGGAACAAGGUCCUGAAGCCAGAAGAAAGAGAUCGCCUUGUAGAGAACAUCGGAAACCACGUGAUCAACGCUCAGAAAUUUUUACAAGACCGCGCUGUUAAGAACUUUGGGCAGGCGGAUCCAGAGUUUGGCAAAAAGCUACAGGCGUAUCUGGAUUCCAUGAGAGGCGGUAAAAAUAAAGUCAAUGUCGUGCUGAAUGGCGUGAAGGUGACAGAGAGUUAGACAGUUGUACGGCAAAACAGAACCAAAGAAUAAGUGAACAUCAUCAUGUGUCAUAAUUAACGAUGCUUAUAGAGACAUGGUCAUGUGAUUCAAAAACCCAAUUUGUCAUUUUCAUGGAACAUUUUUCUUAUGUACUUGACAUGUAUAAUGCAUAUAUAUACCCAGACCUGUACAGUCAUUUCUACAAUGGAUUAUAUAUUUAAUUAUAUUCUUUUGUGGUUUUGAUUAUACUUUAGCAUUCAUUGUAGAUUUAAUGUGCUUAAUUGCUUUAUAUAAAACCCCGCAAACUCGACAUUGGUUAAAUAUACGGUUUAUAUACCGUGGAAUUGUGUCAGUAAUAGACGUGAACUAAAAACUUGCUGAAAAAAGCUAAUAUUUUCAAAAAGAUUCCUGGAUGUGAAGUAAUGUAUACACAUUAGCAAAGCUUGUCUUGCUUUCAUAUUUGAAUAUACAUGUAUUAAAUAGUUAAAAUAAAACUAUAUAUGAAA